ACGGACGUUAAGUCUCCGUUAACAUAACUUUACUGUUUUACCCUUAUUCCAAGUCUUUCUUCUACUUUUAACAGAACAAACUCCUCCCAAAACUCUCUCACUUUCUCUCUCAUCAGCAACAAUGGCACCAUUAUAUUGAUGCAACUGUAGCUUGAGGGUUUGUCAACAACCCACAUAAUAAAAUCAUGAUUUCAUACCACCACCAUUCCAGGCAAACUGAAAUGCAGCUUGGGAUUGCCAAGUUGACGAGCGUCUUCCACCGCAUUUUCCGACCUUCACAUUCACUAACUUUCUCUCUCCUGCAGAAUUAAUGAAACCUCCAAUCUUCUAGAAUCUAAACAAAAUUAAGAAGCCCGUGGAGGAGAAGAAGGCCGCUGCGCCGAGAAAGAUCCGGUUGAGAAGAAGAAGGGAGGAGUAGAAGGGCCUCCGCCACCCUCACCGCCCUCUCUUUCUUUGUCCUCCAAUCACCAAUCGAAAGCUUAAACUAUUAAUCAAUAAUGGCGAUUGCAUCAGUGGCGUUUAAGUCUAGGGAAGACCAUAGGAAGCAGUUUGAAUUAGAGGAAGCUCGUAAAGCUGGGCUUGCGCCAGCUGAGGUUGAUGAAGAUGGAAAAGAGAUUAAUCCUCACAUUCCGCAGUAUAUGUCUUCUGCUCCUUGGUAUCUCAAUUCGAAUAAGCCGAGUUUGAAGCAUCAAAGGAAGUGGAAAUCGGAUCCGAAUUACACCAAAUCGUGGUAUAACAGAGGUGAAAAAGGUUUUCAGGCAUCAAAGAGAUUGAUGUUCCAGACUAUGCACAACCGAGUUCUAAGUGUCUUUUAUUGGUGGAAAGAAAAUAGACCGGUGGUGCUCUAUGUGUCUUUCAAUCCCUCCUAAAAGCAGUGAUUAUUGACAAAACAACUUUUGUAAUUUUGUUGAUUACACCACUUGAUUGAAGAAAGUUAGCCUAA